AUGGCCGCUUUCCAUAGCGCAGCUCAACAGGAGCUGUCUGACUUGCGGCUUCUGCCAUCCAAUGUGAUGCGCACCUUGCCAUACACGACGUACAUCGCCGUGGGCUCCUAUGCGGUGCUCUGUUGGUCCCGCGAGGCAGCAUUACUGGAGGUUUGUCUUCUGACCAACGAGAUCUUGAAUGCAGUCUUCAAGAAGCUUUCAACCUUGUUGCUUGGAAAAGAGGCGCGAUGGCUAAGACGGCCUCGCGGCGCAGCAGACAGCGGAAUCUAUCCACAACACUUUCCGAAGCUUAGCACGUCGAGUGGCAUGCCCAGUGGCCAUGCACAGACCAGCACUCUCUUUGCCACCAUCUUCACUUGUCGCUGGGCGAUGGAAACCUCGGGUCUAGGGGCCAACUGA